GGCACAUUUUAAUUUGUUUAAUUUUCAAGAAAUAUGAUGUGGGAAAACUAAUUAGAAUUACUAAUAUCAAAACAUGGCUUUCGUCAGCGCUGUUACCGGUGAUGAUUCCACGAAGAAAUUUAUGGAUGUUCUACAAAAUGAUUUUAGGACUUUAAGCUUGGAAACCAAAAAGAAAUAUCCUCAGAUCAGAGAAGCAUGUGAUGAGGCAAUAGAGAAGUUGACAUUAGCUGCAAAUAAUCCACAAGCCUCUUUAUAUGGAGUGGUGAAUCAGAUUUUAUAUCCUUUAGUGCAAGGAUGUGAAUCAAAGGAUGUUAAAAUAAUACAGUUCUGCCUCGGUACAGUUCGAAGGCUAAUCGCCCAGCAGGGUAUUGAUGCAAAAGGAGCAAGGCAUGUAGUCGACUGCCUCUACAACCUCGGCCAAGCCAACAUGCUCGAGUUGAAGUUGCUACAAACUGCCGCUCUGUUGAUGACCACAUCAGAUUUGGUGCACGGUGACACUCUUGCAAGGACCAUGGUGAUGUGCAUUCGGAUGGUGACAGCGAGCGAGACCCGCGAUGUAAGCACGAGCCACGCGGCCGCCGCGACGGUCCGCCAGCUCGUGGCAUUAGUGUUCGAGAGGGCACUGGCUGAAGCUAAUGGUACCCUGAAAGUAAAUCCGGCAGAUGUGAGAAUGCAAGCAAACAGCAAAGCACCAAAGGAUCUCAAGCCAUGCGCGGUUGAUGCGUAUCUCAUCCUACAGGAUAUAAUUCAACUUAUAAACGGCGACGCGGCGAACUGGUUGGUCGGCAUAUCAGAAGUACCAAAGACUUUUGGACUGGAGCUAUUGGACACUGUUUUGACUGACUUCUCUGACGUAUUCUUUAAGAUAUCAGAGUUCCGGUUUCUCCUAAAAGAACAUGUGUGUGCACUGAUCAUAAGAUUGUUUUCCCCGAAUGUCAAGUAUAGGGCGGCGUUCUCUUCCCCCCACAUCCCCGGCGGCGGCGCGGCGCCGGGCGCGGCGGGGGCGGCGGGCGGGGGCGCGGGGGAGCGGCCGCACUUCCCCGUCACGAUGCGGCUCUUGCGGCUCGUGUCCAUCAUCAUACACAAGUACCACAACGUGCUCGUGACGGAAUGCGAGAUCUUUCUCUCGCUAACGAUCAAGUUCCUGGACCCCGACAAACCCUUGUGGCAACGCGCGCUCGCCCUGGAAGUGCUACACCGAAUGACAGUACAGCCAGAUCUACUGAAAGCGUUCUGCGAAUGCUACGACAUGAAACCGCACGCCACGAACAUAUUCCAAGACAUAGUGAACGCGUUGGGCGCGUACGUGCAGAGCUUGUUCGUCGCCUCGCAAGUUAACACGCCUGCCGGCUCAUCGAGCAUCCCUCAACAAGCAGGAUUCUAUUGGAAAGGCGUUUGGCUUCCUCUGUGUAUAACAUUUGAACCUGGGACUGCAAAGUCAAUUUAUAUUGAGAUGCUGGAUCGCACUGAGGCGCCCAGUAUCCAGGAGGGGUACGGCAUCUCUGUGGCGUACGCCUGUCUAGUGGAGAUCAUCCGCUCCAUCGCCAUCUCACUAGAAGGCAAGGAGUAUUUCAGAUUGCAAGAACUAUACGAUGAUUCCCAAAACGACGGAGAAGAACAAGAAGUCAAUUCCAAUAAAACAACCAAUAAUCAUAAAGAAACGGAGAAUAAUUUAGAUAACAAAACUGAAAUAACGAAUAAUGGUCACGCCGUGGAAGCAGACCAGAACUCCAAUGUUGUGGAAAAGAUAGACCCCGACGCGGAAGACAAGGAUAGGCAGCUCAAACUACAGCUCAUAAAGUCGUCAUGGUGCGGUCUAGUGUGGGGCCUCUCAGUGCUGGCCGAAGCGAGCAUCGGCGAGUUGGAGAACAUUCUGCGAGCUAUACAGACCUUGGCUAGAGUUAGUGGAAAGAUGGGCGUGACCAACGCGCGCGACGCUUGCAUAGGCGCGCUGUGCCGCUGCGCGCUGCCGGCGCAGUACUGCGUGCCCGUGCUGGGCGCGCUGGCGGCGCUGGCGUGCCCGUGGCCGGCGGCGCGGCCCUCGCCCGCGCCGGGCGCCGACCUGCGCCACCACGUGGUGUGGGUGGGGACGCCUCUGCCGUGCUCGCAGCCUACGGGCCAGCAGCAGUCGUUCGUGAUGGUGACGUCACGCCACGUGACGGCCAUGCGCGCACUGCUCGCGGCCGCGCGGCGCGACGGGGACGCACUGCAACACGCGUGGCUGCCCGUGCUCACCACGCUGCAACAUCUGGUCUGGAUUCUCGGCCUGAAACCUUCGACAGGCGGUAGCAUGAAAGCCAGUCGGGCGAGCGCGGACGCAAACGCCGUAAUGAGCACUUCAGCUGUCAUGGCCGACCUUCCGGGACAGCAAGUUCCCGUGGCGGAAUCGCUCGGAGUCAUGAGUGCGUUAUCGGCCAUGUUGUCUCGAGUGUUCGAGGCGUCGAAGAAUCUAGAUGACGAGGCGCUGCAUCACCUCAUCGACGCGUUGUGCAAACUCUCCAACGAGGCCAUGGAGCUAGCUUACUCUAAUAGAGAGCCAUCUUUGUUUGCCGUGGCGAAACUUUUGGAAACAGGUUUGGCGAAUAUGCACAGAAUAGAAGUAAUGUGGAGACCCAUCACCAAUCAUUUGCUAGAGGUAUGCCAACACCCGCACAUUCGUAUGAGAGAGUGGGGCGUGGAGGCCAUCACGUAUCUUGUACAAGCAGCCUUCCAGUACCAUCACAACAAUCCAGCUCUCGUCACUGAGGCCCGCUCGCGCCUGGUGCUGGAGCCGCUGGCGGAGCUGUGCGCGGUGCGCCACUGCGACGUGCGCGCGCGCCAGCUGGACUGCGCCGCGCGCCUGCUGCACUCGCGCGGCGACCAGCUGGGCGCCGCCUGGCCGCUCAUGAUGGAGAUCAUCUCCGCCAUCUGCGACCACCACAGCGAGCAGUUGGUCCGGUCAGCUUUCCAAUGCGCCCAACUGGUGGCAGGGGAUCUUCUAGGAUGUGCCGGCCCGCGGUGCUUGCGGCGAGUACUAGCCGCGGCCGCCGCCUUCGCCAGGCAGACCAAGGAGCUCAACAUUAGUCUAACAGCCGUGGGACUUAUGUGGAACAUAUCGGACUACCUGUACCACAAUCGGGAUAAACUGUCGGCGGCGCUGAGCAACGACGCCGUGUCGGUGCCGGACGUACAGCCAGACCUGCCACCGCUCGACCGACUGUGGAUGUGUCUCUACAUACGACUCAGUGAGCUGUGCACGGAGCCCCGUGCGCCGGUGCGGCGCGCGGCCAGCCAGACGCUGUUUAGCUGCAUCGGCGCUCACGGCACUCUGCUCAGCAAGCCGGCCUGGCGGGCGCUCCUGGCCGUGCUCUUCCCCAUGCUGGACCAGGUCCAGAAGCAGUCGAACAUCGCCAGCUCGGAGAAGGUGGACACCGGAGAGCAUAUCCUGAUCCAUCACACGCGGAACACGGCGCAGAAGCAGUGGGCGGAGACACAGGUGCUGACCUUAUCAGGUGUAUCGAGGGUGUUCCACUCAAGGUUCCAGCUGCUGACUACGGUGGGGGACUUCAACAGGUCCUGGGCAGCCCUACUCGACUACAUAACCGAUUUUGCUCUACGUCGAAGCCACGAGGUGUCAGUGGCAGCGCUCAAGUCCUUCCAGGAGGUGGUGUCAGCAGCGGGUCGCGCGGAGGGCGAAGCGCCCAAGCGCGUGUGGCCCGCCGCCUGGGCAGCUUGGACCACCAUCGCCGAGGGGCUGGCCAGCAAUGCCCCUGUGCAAGAAGACGGCAAGCCGGUGGAGCUGUAUGCGCCGACACUCAACUUCCUGACCACGCUUGUGCAGAUAUUCCCCCUAAUCUUCCAGCAUAUUCGAUCCACCUUCACGGCAGCGGACGUACAGAAGCUGGGCGAGUGCUUGUCCACCGUGUGCGGGGUGGAGCCCUCGGCCUCCGCCAUCGACGGCAUCGGGGGCGGAGCGCCCGUAAGCCUGCACGCGUUACACUGCCUCGACACUGUUCAUAAGGAAGCGCUGAGCCGCCACGAGUUGCUGCCCGCGAUGUUCGGCGCGCUGACCGCACUCGCGGGCACGGCCAAGGAGCAACCAGCGGCGGCCGCACGCUGCCUGGCCGCCGCCGCCGCGCUGUACCGCGCCGCGCCCGCACCCAGCGCGCACCAACUGCCCAGCCUGCUGCAGGCGCUGCACGCAGCCGUGAAGAAAUGUACUCCGGACAAGCGGCGCAGAAACAGCGACCGAGAGCGCGACCAACCUGAUGAGCCCACACAAAUCGCCUCGUUACUGCUACAGGUGCUAGCGACAGGGUUGCCCUUGGCGAGAGAAAAUCCAGACGAGUACAACGAAUUUUGGGAGAUACUGCCAACUGUAUUGGAGACUUUCAUGUUUGAGCCACCUGUUGGAGGCACCGCGCAGGCGCGGGAAGUGGUGGGAGUGGUGCGGGACGAGGUACUGCGAGGUACUCCGAGGGCACCCGCGCGCCACGCACGCAGGUUGUUGGCGCUCGUACGCGCCGGCUCGUUGCACCGUCACCAGCCGCACACACAGAAUGAACAAGAGUUAAAAGAGAGAGAGGAGUUCGCGCGGACAUGCUUCGAAACACUCCUUCAGUUCUCUAUGCUCGAAGACAUGGACUCGAUGAAUGCCUCCGAAAAUGACAGUGACCCCUUAGCUAUAAUGCCUCUAUUGGAUCGGUUCCAAGAAGUCAUAACGAGGUACAACAGAGAUGAGGACAGUGGAGAACCACUUCCCAGGCAUCAAGUUUCGGAGAUAUCGUUCGUGCUCCGCGCCGUAGCGGCCUUGGCAGCCGCGAUGAAACGCGCGCCGCCCUCCCGAGUGGACGCGGCGGCGUGGCACCGGCUUAUAGACGUGUACCCGUCGCUGGUGCGGCUGGCGGGCGGUGCGGGGGGCGCGGGCCCGGCGCUGCGGGAGGCCUUGUUGCAGUUCGGAGCCCUGCUGAGCCCGCCGCUCUAGCGCCGCCUGCUCUACACCGUGCGCAUAUAGGGCACGCGCCUGUAGGCACGCGGCACGAUGCCGUCAUGAUGUCGCAGGGAUCUUAAACGAAAAUGUUAUAUAGAAGAAAUACGUCAGUGUAUCAAAUAUUCAAUAAAUGAACCUUAUGACGCUGAUAAUAGGUCCUGUUUUUAAACAAAGUGCAAAGUGAGCUGAAAUUGCGUAGCGACGUUUGAUUUGUAUAUAGAUUAUGAUAUAAUGUAUUGUGUAUUAUAAAAAAAAUAGCGUGUAUUUAUAAAAUUGUGUCAUAACUUAUGUUAGUAAAAUUAACGUCAAGUAAAAAGAACUCUGACGAUCGUCCUACGCUGAAGACAAUUUCUUAAAAUUGCUUACAUAUGACUGCGAUUAUAUUAUGUAUCGUAUGUUGAUUUAUAGGCGGUAAUAGCUUAGUGGGUAAGGUUUCUACUUUCAUUCCGAGGCGACCCAGUUCGAUCCCCGACACGGCACCUCUAACUUUACGGAGUUAUGUGCAUUUUUAAUUUAAGCAAUUAUGUAACGGUGACUGCUUUAACA